UGCGUCAUGUUUUUGUUUUGAAUGUGCAGUGUAUUCUCUGGAAGUAUUAGUAAGGUUGUUGACAGUAUUUAGUUGCAGGAAGUUUUAGAACUCAGAAUGUUUAAUCAAAGUACAUUGGGUAAUACAUCGGGGUAUGGCACAACGACUACUCCAUCGUCAGCUAACCCAAUGAAAGAUUUUGAAGUUACGUCCCCUCCUGACGAUUCAGUGUCGUCUUUAGCGUUCAGUCCCGCCACAAUUCCACAAAAUUUUUUGAUAGCUGGAAGCUGGGACAACAACGUCCGCUGCUGGGAAGUUGAACAGACAGGAAAAACAAUUCCCAAGUCAAUGCAGACCAUGCAGGGUCCAGUACUGGACGUAUGUUGGAGCGAUGACGGGACUAAAGUCUUUAUGGCUUCUUGCGAUAAGAUGGUAAAAUGUUGGGAUCUGAAUAGCAACCAGACAGUGCAAGUUGCCCAGCAUGAUGCACCGGUGAAAACAUGUCACUGGAUAAAAGGAAACAUGUAUUCUUGUUUAAUGACAGGAUCAUGGGACAAAACUCUCAAGUUCUGGGACACCCGAAGUGCAACACCCAUGCUAAGUAUCACUCUUCCAGAAAGGGUAUAUUGUGCAGAUGUUGAUUUUCCAAUGGCAGUGGUAGGUACUGCCGGCCGAGGACUCAUAGUGUAUCAAUUGGAAGGGAAACCCCAGGAGUACAAACGUAUUGAAUCACCCCUCAAGUAUCAACAUCGAUGUGUUGCAAUUUUCCGUGACAAAAAGAAGUCACCUACAGGAUAUGCUUUGGGCAGUGUGGAAGGCCGCGUAGCAAUCCAGUAUGUAAAUUCAACUACUACGAAAGAUAAUUUCACAUUCAAGUGCCACCGUUCAAAUGGGGCACCUAAUGGCUACCAAGAUAUCUAUGCUGUGAAUGAUAUUGCUUUCCACCCUGUGCAUGGGACACUGGCAACUGUUGGUUCUGAUGGUAGUUUCAGUUUCUGGGAUAAGGAUGCACGCACAAAACUGAAACCUUCAGAGACUAUGGAACAAUCAAUUACACGCUGCUGCUUCAAUAGCAGUGGCCAUAUAUUUGCAUACGCUGUCAGCUAUGAUUGGUCAAAGGGCUACGAGUUCUACAACCCAAUGAAAAAGAAUUACAUAUUUCUCCGCUCGUGUUAUGAGGAACUGAAACCUCGCAGUUCAUCUUGAAUAUUUAAAACUGUUAUGUACCUGGUGACUGUGUAAAUAUCAGAUCGUUUGUAAUAGCACAAAUAGGUCUUUCCUACUAUGAGUUACAUAUGUGUAUUAUUUUCAGCAUUUAUCAUUUUCUAAAGACUGUACUCAGACUGUAUUCAAAUAAAAUUAACAUUUUUGUA